CCACAAUUGCGCUUGAUUAUUAGACGCUCAUUAAAAUGUCUUCUGUAAUUUAAAGAGCGUCUGAAAACACAUGAUGAUUUGUUGUUUUUUUCCGCAAGAAUAUAAUUAUCAGUCUCCGCAUUAAGUAUCUAUAUUUUUCCCUUCUGCUUUUAAAACAGACAUGGAAACCGAUAGUUCCGAAUCUGAUUCAGACGAUGUAAGCGAUCAGGCACAGUUGCACUCUCAGGCCUCAGGGUUUCAAGUUCCUCAGUUUGAGAUAUCAGGAUGGAACCCACGGGCCAAUGUUGGUAUCCAUCUUCUGUCCCUUGUGCCCAUGGGAAACUUUCCGGCUGGGGGUACAGAAAGCCUUGUAGGCAAGUCAAGUCGUUCCCGUACCAAACGAAAACAGAGGAUGAAAGCUUACAAGACUGGACGGACAUCCUGCAGGAAUGUUGUUGAUGAAAGAAGAUUGAGACUUGCCUGCUCAAAUAAUGAUUGUAUUGCAGUUGUGGAACUGCUCGAGGGUGGUGCAGAUCCAUCCUGUGCUGAUGAGAAGAAUCGAACCCCGCUACACCUGUCUGCCUCACAGGGGUAUGAGACCAUAGUGAAACUUUUGCUGGACAAGGGAGCUGACCCAAACAGAAAGGACUUCAUCGGCAACACCCCGCUUCACCUUGCUGCAUGCACAUGUCAAGUUCCCAUAGUAACAUUGCUCCUGAAGGCAGGGACAAAUCUCAGCUCUGUUGACCAGUAUGGGCGAACGCCACUUACCCUUGCAAAGUCACGGCUAAGCUUCCUUGCUGAAAAUAAAAGUUUCACUAAUGACAAGAUGAAAACAGAAGUUGUACAGAUCUCAGACAUGAUGGGUACAUAUCUGCGGUUGACUGGAAGUGAGGCUGAGGCAGACCAGCUGGAAGAGUUGUGUACAAGACUUUCCAGCACUUCAACCCGGGAACAAGUUGAUGAAGUUGGCUCACUUCUUGCAGAAUUCACCUGCAUGAGCAUCGAGAAAAAAAAUCCAAACAGCUGAUGAGUGGGGUUGGGAAAUGGAAUGAUACAAUCAUGUGUGCUGGUGCUUGCGCUGGUGAAAUAUGGGAGCAAAAAGUGACAUCUGUGGCAUAUGACGCAGCCUUAUCUGCUCAUUUAAACUAAUGACACCCAGGGCUGUGAUAUGGAAGGGAUGGGUCUGCACGAUAUGAAGUCAUUGACUCAUUUCCAUGGCUAAUUGUAGCUGAUAUUGGCUACAAAUUAUUAACUGACACUAAUAUGGCCAACUAGUAAUGAACAGUAAGUCAUAAACAGCUCUGAUCAUUCUUUGUUUCCGUAUUAUCAAAUAAUUAUGUUUUUCCACAUGCACGAUUUUUUCAAAGCAAAUAAAAUGAGGUGAAUCAUCA